AUGCCUUUCAAGCUUGUUACUACGCCCCACAAAAAACAGGACCUCCCCACCUCGAAAGACGAGAUCGUAAGCGUGGCUAAAGAGCUCAUCGAUGAGGUCUGCACCAGCUGGAAAAAGGGAAAGGCUUUUCAUCAUACCCUCAGCGUCAACCCGACUUUGGACUCCGACAGAGUAGAGGUGCAGACAUACCACACCAACCGCGGCAAAGAAUUCUGGCUAAGCCGUGUCAGUGAGCACCGGUUGGAUACUUCAACUUAUGAGCGUUUGGUAAAAGUGCUAAACGGAAGCGAAAAAAGGGACACACAAUGGGUCCUACCGGACAGAACGGCACGUUCCCGUGCCGAAAAGGAAUACAUAGAGACACUCAGCCAUGUGGAAAUCUUGGAGACCACAACUUCUGGCUGGGUGGGUGUUUACCUUGAAUACGAGCUGGGGAAGCCCUUGACAACUCGUGAGUUCCACGAAUGGGUUUACGUGGUGCCUCCAUUUUCUACUGCGGACGCCAGCGCGGAAACCUGUAUGGUGGUAAGCGUUGUGGCCGAUGCAUCCAUGAAAGACCCUGUUGCGCACACACCCGCAAUUUACGUUAGUGUGGAAUCGCUAGACUACAACUACGACACUCAAAAACUAGUGUGGAAAAUGGCGACCACAAGCGAUGCUGGUGGAAACGUGCCGAAAUGGAUUCAGAACGCAAUGAUUGCGAAAACGGUGGUCAAAGACGUGAGCUUCAUGUUCGAAUGGCUCGGGAACGGGCACGACAGCGACAACAAAUAA